AUGUCCCUCUUCCAACCACCCCCCAAGCCCACAACCCCGCUGGGCUACCACCGCGUCCUCUCCCCCACAGCCUCCGUAAAAGUCUCGCCGAUCUGCCUCGGCGGAAUCAGCCUCGGCAACGAAUGGAGCGAGCUCUUCGGAAACAGCGAAGACCCCUUCAAGCUGCUAGACGAGUUCUUUGCGCUGGGCGGGAACUUCAUCGACACGGCAAACACAUACAACAACGAGAGUUCAGAAAAGCAUAUCGGGGAGUGGAUGGAGAGCCGCGGGGUGCGGGACCAGAUUGUGCUGGCGACCAAGUAUUCGGCCGGGUAUCGCGGCUAUAAUCGCGAGAAUGAGCCCAUGCAGGCGAAUUUCACGGGCAACUCGGCGAAGAGCUUGCAUGUUUCUGUGCGGGAUAGUCUCAGGAAGUUGAGGACGGAUUAUAUUGAUAUCCUCUAUGUGCAUUGGUGGGAUUUUGCGACGUCGGUCGAAGAGGUCAUGCUCCAUCUCCAUUCGUACGUCAUGUCGAAACAGGUGCUAUAUCUCGGUGUCUCGGAUACACCAGCCUGGGUCGUCGUCAAGGCCAAUGAAUUCGCCCGAAAGAACGGCCUAACCCCGUUCUCAAUCUACCAAGGCCGCUGGAACGCGGCCUUCCGCGACAUGGAAGCCGAGAUCAUCCCCAUGUGUGAGGACCAGGGAAUGGCUGUUGUUCCCUGGGCCGCUCUCGGUGGGGGACUGCUACUGUCCGCUGAGCAGCGUCGCCAGCGAGAAGAAAGCUUGGCUGGUCAGAAGAGUUACUACAACGUCGGGCCGCGAGAAAUCGCCAUCUCGGAUGCCCUUGAAACGAUCGCUGUGAGCAAGGGGACGAAUGUGCAGGCGAUUGCCCUCGCGUACCUCUACCACCAAACAACCUACGUCAUCCCCAUCGCAGGCGUACAGACAACAGAACACCUCCAAGCGCUGGCCAGUGCAGCGACGAUCAGACUCUCUGAAGAGGAGAUCAAGUCAAUCCAGGAGGCUGCGCCCUUCGAUCCCCUCUUCCCGAUGAACUUUCUGUACCCAGUCCAGGAUGGAAAGGGGUAUAGUACGAAGUUGACUCUUGCCGAUCAUGUGCACUAUAAGAUGUCGGCACAUGUUGAGGCGCCGAUGAAGCCUUCGUUUCACAAAUAG